AUAUAAAUAUACCUCAAUAUCAUUCACAAUUAGUUAAUUAGUUUGUUAAAUUUACUAAUUACUCUUACACCAAUUGAUUUAGUUUUACAAAAAUGGUUAAAUUAUUAACCGUUAGUUUUAUAUUUUCACUAAUUGCUCAAAUUUCAAUUGGGAUUUUAAUUGAGCGGCCAGAGUUUGAUUCAAUUUGUAACUCAAUCAACAGGUUAAUUAACCAAGGAGAUGACAAUCCAAUUGAAACAAUCAAAAGUUAUCCUUCUGAUGGUAAAUUACAACAACAAUUAACUAAACAAAGUUUCCAAUCAAUCCAACAAUCAGGUGGAAAAUUAAAUUGGCUCCUCUCACUAUUUAAUACACUAUUACAAUCACAAGAUGUGGUAAUUAAACUUGAAGGAACUAAUCAAACAAAGGUUGGUGUUAUUGGUAAACGAGAAAUCAACAAUUCUAAUCAACAACAAUUAACUUCAUCAUUACAAUCGUUACCAUGUAAUUCAAUUCCAUUUCCAUUGGUGAUUGAUUCAAAUGAUGGACAAUCAGUUAAUUUAACUUUACUUUUAAUCAACAAUUUCCUUGAUGGUUAUUAUCGUAAACAUCUCCAAACAAUUAACUAAAUCGGAUUAGUUUUAAAGUGUAUUUUCUUGAUAAGAUUAAAUCAAAAGUCCAUGGGUCCAAAAUGGAUUUGGAUUUGGUACAAAGAAACGGAGAUUGUAAUUGUAAUUGGAAUUAAAUUAUAAUUGUUGUAUUGUUGAUUUGAAUAAAAAAAUUGAUGAGGCAUUUGAUUUGUUUGGUUUUUAUACACAAAAGUACGAAAUGGAUAUAAUUUUGUUUUAGUUGAUUCUCUUUGUAAUUAACUUAA